ACAACAACAACAACAACAACAACAACACCGUGGUCGACGUGCCUUACUUGCUGCUCAGGAGAACAAUCGCGGCAGCAUCACGUGCUUUGUAUCCGCUCUGGUUGCUGGGAACUGCACAACCACAGAUGCCACAGGAACCUUGGUGCAACAGAGCAGCACACUCGUGCUGUGGUUCGAUGCCGUGGACGAUGACACGCCCCUGCUGCCUUCCUUGCAACCCGUGUCCACAGCCAACGUAACGGCGUGGAUCAGCGCCCUCGUGUCAACCGUGCAGCCGUCGCUCCUCAGAAUCUCCGGCAAGGUGCACACGGGCGACCUCGAGUUUGUGCUCACCACGGGUGGCUCGGCAUGGGCCGGCAUCACCUCUGUGCAGCUGCGAAGCCUCGUGUCGCCAUUCUUCUUCCUGAACAUGCUCAACCCGCUGAGCACGCUCACGCGCAUCGACAUUGCCAACACCAGCACCGUGGUCUUUGGGCUGUCGCCUGCGCCCACAGACGAUGAAGGCGAAGACAUCAUGUCCUCACUUGCCUUCACCAAUAUUUCAGCCUUUACCAACAACACGGCGCAGCGUAGCAGCAUGUACAGCGACACAUAUGCAGCACGCCACCUCCCGUUCGUGCUCGCCGGCCAGAUUGAGCGCAUCAGCGUGACAAACACGCGCGUGCGCCAACUCCACGACACCACUUUUAGCAACAUGACUUCCCUGGACCGCCUUGUCCUGCACAGCAACCAGCUCACCACCAUCCCCAACGCCACCUUCGCUGCGCUCGGGAAUCUGCGCGUGCUGGAUCUCGCCCACAACCACAUCCACUCCAUCGACAACACGGCCUUUGCCCCGCUCACGUCCCUCCUCUUCCUUAAUUUGAGCAGGAACGACGUGUCCACCUUGCACCCCAACCUCUUCCGUGGCCUCUCCCGGCUCGUCCACCUGGACCUCGGCGUCAGCGUCGUGACAUCGCUGCCUGCAACGCUGCUUGCCGACCAGAUUCGCCUUCGCUGGUUUACCCUUACCUUCACCCUCAUCACCCACCUUCCGCCCGGGCUCUUCAGCUCCACACCCAACCUGCAGGAGCUCUAUCUCAGGCACAACCGCCUGUCCCACAUCCCGCCCAACACCUUUGCUGCCCUCACGCGCCUGAGUGUGCUCUCCCUACAGGACAAUGCGCUGACGCAGCUGUCGAUGGACUGGUUUGGCGGAUAUGCUCCGCACCUCCGCGACCUCCUUGUGCUCGAGAACAGCAUCACAUCCCUGCCGCCAUCGCUACUGCAGGCGAUGCCCGUGUUGGAGAAUCUCAGCGUGCAGCAGAACAGCAUCACUGCUGUACCGCCGUGCCUGGUGCAGAACCACACCCUCCUUCGCAUCCUGGACCUCAGCCACAACCAGAUUGCCUCCCUCCCGCCAACCGCCUUCGAAGUCACAGCAACAGCAGCAGCAGGUCCCACAACGGCACCCCAACAGCAACAGCAAAUGCAAAUGCAGCAGCAGCAGCAACAGCAACUUCGCGGCGGUGGCUGCGCGUUUUUGGCUGACCUGCCAAACCUGCAGCACCUGUCAAUUGCACACAACCGGUUGACGGUGUUCCCGCGCGGUGUGCAUCUCCCCUCCAUCACCUCCCUCCGCCUCAACAGCAACCCCAUCACGCAGAUGCUUGACGUGACAGGCCUGCCUACGCUUCGCUCCCUCUACUUCAACAACAACGCCAUCAGUGCGCUCGACAUUGCGCCGCUGCUUGCCCUCUCGCGUCUGCAGCGACUGGAGAUCAGCCCAGCGCCCACCGUGCGUGAUCCCCACAUCACAUCGCCCGCCGCUGCCCUGGCUGCCAUCUCCGCGCCGCUGGUGCAACUCGACAUCACAAAUGUCGAUGUGCGCGCGCUGCUUUCUGCGUUGGCGGCGGCAACACCAGCAGCACCACCACUGCAGCUGAAAGGCCUCUAUCUUGGGUGGCCGGGGAUGGACGAGGCAAGCGUACCGCUGCCACAGCUGUGCAAGCUCCUCAGCCCACAGGUGGAGAGCGUUGGGCUGCGCAACACGGGGUACUCGCGCAUUGACCUGUGCCGCGACAACGACAUUGACGUUGUGUUUCUGCAAGGCAACCCACGGCUGGAGAGCGUGACCCUGUACGCGUCGGCACAGCAGCUCAACGUGUCCGGGUGCCCCGAGCUGACCAGCCUGGCCGUGCCCUCUGUGCAGAUUGUCGAUAUCAGCCGCACGCAAGUGCCACUCACGCGCGCGCUGUGCCACUCGCUCGGCAGCCGUGUUGUUGUGGCCAGGAGCUGGUACAACAUGCAGGUGCGCGCGCCCACGCACACGCAGACGCUGCUUGCGCAGUGCUUGACGUUCAGCAAUGUGGAGCUGCUUGACCUGAGCGACAACCAGUGGCUGUCAAGCCCGGCGGUGAUUGAGGGCUCUGUGCGGCAGGUUGUCGCUGUGAGCGCGCAGGAGCUCAACACCAACCAGUUUAUCCGGCUGCGCAGCCGCCCCAGCAUCCCCAUCAUGCAGCUGACAAACGCGCCCGUGGUGUGCCAGCUCAAGGUGACGGACCUUCGCACGCGGCUGCUUGGGCGCCCGGAGGUGCAGGAGUACAACCUCGCCUACUUCCACUCGUGCGCGUGUGCGGUUGGCUAUGAAACGCGGGGCCGCAUUGGCAGCGCCAGCACGACGUGUGUCAAGAAGCAGCUCAACCCCGUGCCCGUGGUGCUGGGCACGGUGGCUGGCGUGCUGCUGCUGCAGGCUGCGCUGUACUUCAUGUACCGCUGGUACCGCACACACCGGCUGCUGCGGGCAGAGAACGAGCUCAACGUGCAGCUGCUCUCCGAGAAGGACGCGGAGGUGCUGGCGCUCAAGGCCGCGUGGGAGAUUCCAUUUGACGAGCUUGAUCUUCGCCGGCACAUUGCGUCUGGUGCCUACGGCGAUGUGUGGGAGGCCGAGUGGGACACGGUGCACGUUGCCGUGAAGGUGAUGAAGGACACGGCGCUUGCGUUUGACGAGGGCACACAGCGCGAGUUUGAGAAGGAGGUUGACUUUCUCCAGCGCACGCGCCACCCGCACCUCGUGCGCUUCUUUGGUGCCGGCAAAGACGACAGCGCGCGCCCUUUCCUUGUGCUUGAGUUUGUUGCGUUGGGAUCGCUCCGAGACCUGUUGCGGACAGACCUUGACGCUGUUGUGCAGCAGCACAGACGUGGGUGGGGCAGUGGCUUACGUGGCGGUGCUGCUGUUGUUGUUCCGCUUGCAGGCAGUGGGGAGAGCUGUGUUGAUGACCGCGAUGAUGGUGGCGACAGCGCUGCUGCGUCUGUGUGGGAUCUCAAGCUGCAGUGGAUGCAAGACGUUGCGUGUGGAAUGGCGUUUAUCCACAGCCUCGCCCAAUUCCACAGGGAUCUCAAGGGAGGCAAUGUGCUGGUAUCGAGCCACUUGCGCGCAAAGAUCACAGACUUUGGAACCAUUACGCAGCACCUCGGCAUCUCCCCAAACCAUCGCCUGGUUGCACCUGCACGCCGCAGCAACAACGCUGCUCACAGCGAGGAUGGUGAUGGUGGCGGGAAUGAUGGUCAGGUGUUUUCGGGCGGCGACCUCCCGUACAGCGCUGGUGCUGGCGUGGCGUCUGUCAGCAUGAACCUGACGGCUGCUGUCGGCACGCCGCUGUACAUGGCACCAGAGGCACUGCUGGGCAAGAAGUACAACGCCAAGGCAGACGUGUUCAGCUUUGGCGUGCUCAUGUGGGAGGUGGCGACCCAGCGCGACCCAGAUCUGAUUCUGCAGGAGAAGGGGCGCGGGUACUGUGGGCCAUUGCUGGCCACGCUGAGCAGCUUGCUGGAGGAGGGCAAGCGCCUCAAGUUUGACGAGGACGAAGAUGUUAAACAGGGUGAUGCCGUACACCCCACGCCCGAGUGGUAUCGGGAUCUCGCGUACAUGUGUAUGGCGCAGGAGGCGACUCGCCGCCCCUCAUUCCCUGUCCUGGAGACCCGGCUGAAGGGCAGGAAGUGACGUGGUUUAUGACAUUGCAGGCUGGUUUAUCUUGUGUAUUGCUUUGCUUGUAUGUUGCCGUGUUCUGUCUGUCUCACGUGUGGUGUGUGUGCUUUGGAUGUGUUGGUGUGUGCUUGGGUGGGUGGGUGUGUGUCUGUGUGUUUUGGGUGUGUGUGUGUCUGUGUGUUUUGGGUG